AUGGCCACAGUCUGGCCUGGCCGCAGGUCCACCUGCAGCAGCCACAGCUUAAACACGGGGCUGCCAGCUAUCAGAGGGAAUCGCUUCCAGUUUGGGCACUGUCCUGUUGGGAAGUGCUGCCGCAGGACAUUUACCAUCACCAACCACACCUGUCACCGGUUCAUGGGCUUUGAGUGGGAGGCAGAUGACCCAUUCCAGUUCUGCCCCAAAUUCAAACUGAGCCCAGUUGUGGUUCAGUUCAAGGAUACCUCCCCCUUGCAGACAAGGACAGCCAUGACUGACUGCAGGACCUUAGUCCUGAAAAACAACAGCAUGCUGCCCAUGGCCUGGCAGCUCCGUGGGCUGGAUGACCUUGUUGAGAACUUCUUCUUGUCACAAAAUAAUGGCAUCCUUGAUCCCCGCUCAGAGUUUGAAGUGACACUGCAUUUCAAGGCUGAGCAGAUUGGCAGCAUUGAGAAGACCCUCCGACUAGAGGUUUCAGAUGCAGAAAACAUCCUGGGGGUUGUUCAGACAGAAAACAUCAAAAUCUCUGCAGAGGUCUAUGAUGUUUCUCUGGGCAUUGACAUGCCUGAAGGUGCAGAUGGAAGCUUGGAAUUUGGAACAAUUAAUGUCCUGGAUAAGGUGAAGAAAGUCCUGAGUCUAAAGAUCAAAGGGAUAUACAGGAUUGAGUACAGGUUCACGCUGAAGGGUGCAGGUCCCAGGAUGCAAGACUUGGCAUCCUACUUCACUGUUACACCUCAGUCGGGCAUGGUGAAUGCCUCCCACCCUGAUGCGAGUGUUGAGAUAAUCUUCCACCCCACAAGUGAAAUCCUCCUCAAGAACAUACCCAUCCUGUACUGCCAGGUGAUAGAUGCCAGCUCAGGUGAAGGAGGCCAGGCUGUUACCAACAUCCCAAUAAGAGUGUCGGCCAAAGCCGAGUACAGCAAGUACAGCAUUGUGCCUGCCUCACCCACCGACUUCGGAGCCAUGAUCAAGGGCACCAAGAAGAGCCGGACUGUUGUGCUGAAGAACAACGGCACGCUCAGCUUCAAAUUCCACAUCCGCCGAGAACCCAAGCUUGCAUCUGCAUUGGAAAGCAAAAGUUCAAAGCAAGGGGAAUCUGCUCCAUCAGCUAAAAAGCGCUCAAAAGGAAGGAAAUCAGGCUCCUCGACACAGGGUCACCUCAGGCUUGGCAUGUUCACAGUGUCCCCCUGCUCCGGCUCCGUCCAUCCGUCACGCAUGCAGUUGAUCAAAGUGGAGUGCCUCGCAGAGCAGGAGGGGACAUGGGAGGAGCAGAUCUACAUUGACAUCAUGGACAGAGACCCCACAGACAAUCCCCUCGGCAUUCCCUUCACCCUGAUUGUCGAGACCUGCGUCCCAGGACUUGUUGAGAAUGUCGCGUCAAUCUUCAAGGAGUAUCCGAUCUGCAGCAGCGCCGACCUCAGCCACCAGCUGCAGUCGGUGAAAGGCACGGGCCUCUUUGUCAGAGAUGAGAAUAGAUUCAUCUUCAGCAAGGUUCAGGUUGGGCAAGAGGCAGAAGCCCAUUUCAGUAUCUGCAAUGCUUGCCGUCUGCCAUGUGACGUGGCCCUCUCCAUCAAACCCCUGCCUGGAGAGGAACAAAGCCUUAUCAACAACAUUUUCAAGCUGGAUCCAGUCAAGAUGUCCAUUCGUGGCUCGUCCUCUGCCGUUGCUACGGUGACCUUCACUCCGCCAGACAAGCAGAGCUACGACUGCACCUUCGAGGCUUCCCUUGAGAUGCCCAAGGGCUCGGUGGAAGUGAAACCCCAAAUCCUGACCUUCACCAUCAGUGGGAAGGGGCAGGAACUGCCGGUGACAGUCGUGCGCCCAAGUGCUCGCAGCAAGAGGGAAAUAGCCGUGCUGCGCUUCAAAAGGCUCCAGCUGGAGGAUACAGAGAUGCUCCCCCUGGUCAUCCGUAACAACGGCAUCAAACCUGUCAAGUUUAUGUUACACCUGGAGGAUGAGCACGGAGUGUUCUUGUUGAAAGGCAGGGCCUCCACAUUCAAGACAUUCCAAACUGGAAAUGUGGAAGGGGACUCCGUCAGAAACGAGUUUGAUGUCAUUUUCAAACCCACCCUGGCUCAACGUCUGGAAGGGAAGAUUUGUCUGUUAGUGGGGGACUCCCGCCUGACCCUAACCGAGCUGGUGGGUGAAGGCCACAUGGAUGAAUUCACCCUUGAUGGGUUAAAGGAAGACCCCCAGGAGAGGAAUGCCAAGAGCAGUCUAAAGAAAGACAUCAUUGAUGCUGUCAGAGGGAAUCGCUUCCAGUUUGGGCACUGUCCUGUCGGGAAGCGCUGCCGCAGGACCUUCACCAUCACCAACCACACCCGUACGCAGUUCAUGCGCUUUGUGUGGGACGCAGAUGCCAUAUUCCAGUUCUCCCCCAAGGUGGGACACCUCCAUCCUGGCUGUGCCAAGGGCAUCACAGUGACCUUGAAAGCAGAUGUCCCAGGCACCUUCAGGAGGCGCCUUGUGAAAUGUAAGGUGACCAAGAUCAACUUCAAGCGGCCACGAAGGAAGGUUCCAGACUGGGAUGACCAAAUGUGCAUUGUGACGUGGAAGGAUAUCCCCAGGAAAGACCUGGCAGCCAGAUGGUUUAAAAAAGAGAGGGUGGUCGAGACAGUCCCGGAACCAGCUCACACUGUGCUGGAGAAGAGCAGCCAGGAGGCUGAGGUGUACCUCAGUGCCAUUGUUUUCUACACCCAGUUCAAACUGAGCACAACCGUGGUUCAGUUCAAAGAUACCUCCCCCUUGCAGACAAGGAUAGCCACUUUCAGGCUAUCCAACACAGGGAAGGUAGCCCUGGAAUACUCCUGGGAGGAAGCUGAAGACAGUGAAGCAGUGAAGAAGCAAUACUCAUCUGCUCUGAUGCAGGUCUUCCCAGAUGCCAUCUGUGACUGGUCAGUGUUCUCCAUCAAGCCCUACUGUGGCACCAUCUACCCUGGCCAGAAGCAGGCCUUUUACACGUGGUUCUCCCCAAAGUGUGAGGGGACGUUUGAGACCACCCUGCAGUGCAGGAUUCCUAACCCGAAGCCAAAUCAAAAAACGGGGCAGGUAAUUGUGAAAGCCCGGGAACAGAAGAGUCUUGGUAAACCAUUAGAGCAGAGAGAGAAAGGCCAGAGAGCCAAGAAGCAGAAACCAGCACCUAAGGGGCAGAAUUUGUGUCAGCUGAAGUCUCCUGAAGGAACCAGCAACAUCGUGCCUUCUGCUGCUGCUGGUCUCCCACCCUUCACCAGAGACCUCUGCAGCCCUCACCUCCCGGCCCACGCCAAGAGUGGCUGCACCCUCUCCGCCCCUCGAGCCGGUCUGGGUGGCAGCAGAGCAGGGCUGCCCAACUCCUAG